AUGUACUCCAAAUUCUGGCCCAAGGGCGGCCUCCCGGGAAUUCUGCACCACUUCACAGAAACCCUCGUAACCUUCGAAUACACAACCACUACCCCCUCUCUCUCCCAACCUCACACCCUGCUCUUCGUCGGCGGCCUCGGCGAUGGCCUCGCCACAACAUCCUACAUGGCAGACCUAGCCCGUGCCCUCCACUCCACCCCCUGGUCCCUCUUCACCCUGAACCUUACCUCCUCCUACCAGUCCUGGGGCCUGGGACAUCUGGACCGCGAUACCGACGAAAUUGCCCAAUGCAUCCGCUACAUCAAAGACUACAAAGCGGAUAAAUACGGUUCUGCCUCUGCAGCUGGCAGCAAGAUCGUCUUGAUGGGACACUCCACUGGCAGCCAAUGUGUCAUGCAUUACCUAACGCGGCCAAACCCGCAUACCACAAAACCGCCCUUUGAUAAAUACUUAGAGCAUGUGGAGCGGUUGCCGCUGGAUGGUGCUAUAAUGCAAGCACCUGUGUCGGAUCGCGAGGCGAUAUUGUGGGUCUUAGAGAAUGGAUUUGGAGGCAGAUCUUCUGCGGAGUGUAAAGCUGUUUAUGAAAAGCUAGUGGGCAUGGCAAGAGAGGCAGAGGAGAAGAGAAUCAGGGAGGGUGGCGAAUUCGAUGUGAUUCUGCCGAUUGAGUUGACUAGUUUUGCUUAUCCGGCUAAUACACCGUUGUCGGCGAGGCGGUUGUUGAGUUUAGUGAGUCCAGAUGCUCCGGGUAACCCUGGGGAGGACGAUAUGUUCAGUUCGGACUUGGGGCCGGAGCAGUUGGAGAAGACCUUCGGAAAGGUGAAGAGCGGAGGCUUGUUGGCAGGAAAGGCGAAGUUGAUGGUGCUAUACUCGGGUAAGGAUCAGAGUGUCCCUGACUGGGUGGAUAAGGAGGCACUGUUGAGGAAAUGGCGGGGGAUUGCAAACGCUGGAUGUGCAAAGGGCGAAGAGGUCUGGGAUGAUGAACAUACUGCAGUCAUUCCGGGCGCGUCGCAUGCCCUCAGUAAUGAUGAUCAGGCGGAGCCAAGACGGUUCCUUGUGGACAAGGUCAUGGGGUAUCUGAAAACUGUGGUUAACGUGUAA